AUGUCCUUCUUCAAGUCCAACAAGAACAAGACCGCCUCUGCUGCCUCGACCCCAGCUCAGACUCCCCGUACUUCUAUCGAGGCCCAGCGUCCUACCCAAGUCAAGAUGACCCGCGACCAGGCCCUCGAGAUGGCUCUCCGCAAGUCGGUGCAGACCAUGCCCGCCAACUUCAACCGGCGCUGUGCAUCGAUCGAUGUACGAGGAGACUGGGCUGGAGAGGCAGCAGCAGAGACGGACUUGUUCUUGUUGGACUUGAAGAGCGACAUGGUUGUGUUUGACUUGUGA